AUGGGAGUGCAUAAGGUGGCCCUCGAUGUUGAGAAGAUUGGAAGGAGCAGGCGCGAUUCUGUAGUCAGCGAGACCGACCAUCAACCGCCACCAGGCGAAGCUCACCGUCAGCUGAAGAACAGACAUGUGGCCAUGAUAUCAAUGGGAGGUGCCAUAGACUUGCGUGACUACUCCGAAGGCACGGGUCUGUUCAUCGCGACCGGGACCGCCUUGCAGCAUGGCGGACCCCUUUCACUCGUACUUGGAUAUACUCUAACGGGGGUUUUGGCUUGGUCACUCAUGUGCAGUCUGGCUCUCGCCGACCGUUUCUUUUCUCCGAGUCUCGCCUUUACCUUGGGAUGGUCCUAUUGGUAUCUGUGGUCAAUAGUCUUACCUGCUGAGCUUUCUGCAGCAGCAAUUUUGAUGAGCUUCUGGACCACAAAAGUCAGUAAUGCAGUCUGGAUAACUGUGUUUCUUUUUGCGGUUGCAAUGAUAAACUUGGGCGGAGCAAAAAUCUAUGGCGAAAUGGAAUUUUGGUUUGCAAGUAUCAAGAUCCUCACCAUUGUUACUGUUGUGAUUCUCGGAAUCAUAUUAGACUUAGGGGGGGUCACGGGCGAACGAAUUGGAUUCCGUUAUUGGAAAGAUCCAGGCUUGUUUGUUCAGUAUCAAGGUGUCCCUGGGGCAACUGGGAGGCUUCUUGGGUUUUUUUCGGUCCUCAUCAAUGCGGCAUUUGCUUACGUCGGUGUUGAAAUGCCGGCAAUUGCAGCAGCAGAAGCCAAAAACCCUAGGCGCAACUUGCCCAAGGCAAUCAAACGUGUCGCAGCUAGAGUUUUGAUAUUUACUGGUGCCAAGUCACCUUUCGUGAUCGCUAUGAAAAAUGCGGGAAUCAAAGGGCUACCUUCAGUUAUCAACGCGUCUCUGUUGAGUGGAGCGUGGUCAGCAGCUUCGUCAGACUUAUAUAUCGGCAGUCGUUCGCUUUAUGGUUUGAGCAUCACAGGAAAUGCCCCCAGAUUCCUCACAUUAUCAUUCAUGUCGGCUAGUGACGGACAGGCAGGAAAGAUCUUUGGCUACCUUGCAUCUCUAACGAGCACGACCGGUAUGCUAACAUGGGCGGGAAUCUUUGUCACGUAUAUCAGGUUCCAUGCUGGGACAAUCGCGCAGGGUUAUGAUAGAUCCCAAUUGCCUUAUCAAUCUCCUGUGGGACCGUUGGGUGCAUGCUUUACGAGUUAUUUCCCAUGCGUGGCUUUCUUGGCCUUGUACGUUGCUCAUAGAUGGUGGACGAGGACCAGCCUCGUUGAAAAGGUGGAUAUGGAUUUCGUUACCGGAAGUCGAGAUGCUACUAACUUGAAUGAAAUCUGUAGUCGAAGAAGAGGAGUUACCCCCCAGAAAUUGGGGAGAGAAGAUUUGGAGAAUACUGGUUUGAUAGUAUGA